CUGAGAGCAAAAUCGAAUAGGAUGUUAUGGAAGUGGACAAAUUUACCCUUUGCGUAUCCAACAGCUUUUGGUAGCGUUCAGCAGAGUACAGCAUAGUUCAUAAAUCAGCUGUUUACAAUUCACGCCGGCAGUGAUCGUUGGUUGUAAACAUGGCAAGUGAGGUGGACAAAAGUUUAUUAAUUAUAAUAUUAGACGUCAAUUUAUCUCAAAGAAUUGUGCGUCAGGAAACGAAGGUUCUUACACAAUGCUUGGAUUCUACAAUUGUGUUUGCUAAUGCUCACCUUAUGCAAAAGUCUAAUAAUCAAUUGGCUGUAAUGGCAUGUCAUGCUCACGGAUCCUUGUUUUUGUAUCCGGAUGAGAAACAUUCUGAGGUACGUCAAAUCGAUGGCCAGUAUGAAAGGUUUACAUUGGUGGAACGAUCAGUCAGACAAAGGCUGCAGGAAGCUAUUAGUGAAAUUCGUACAGACAGACCUCUCAAUUCUGAGAGUUUGAUAGCUGGUGCUCUUUCCAUGGCACUUUGUUAUGUAUCAAGGUUAGAACGUGAGAAGGUAGCUGGAGAAAAACUGAAUUCACGAAUUCUAGUUAUCACAGCAAGCAAUGAUUCUGCCUCACAGUAUAUGAACUAUAUGAAUGUAUUUUUCACAGCACAGAAAAUGGGUCUUAUACUGGAUGUAUGUAGUUUGGAUCAGGAACUAACCUUACUACAGCAAGGCUGUGACAUCACUGGUGGUAAUUACUUGAAGGUUGCGCAGCUGUCAGGAUUAUUACAAUACUUAUUGUGGGUUUUUCUACCGGAUCCCAGUAUUCGUUCGAAACUUGUUCUACCCCCACCUGUGAAGGUAGACUAUAGGGCAGCCUGUUUUUGCCACCAAGAACUCGUCGACAUUGGAUAUGUGUGUUCCGUGUGUCUUUCCAUUUUCUGUAAAUUCAGUCCAAUUUGUACAACAUGCCAUACCGUUUUCAAGAUGCCAGGACCAAUGCCGUUAAAAAUGAAGAAAAAGAAGAAGAACAUCGAUGCGGUUCACUGAUUCCCAGAUAAAAAACUGCCUAGAAACAUUGAUACGGCGCUGAAAGAAAAUACACGUCAGGAGCGUAGAUUAAGAAUAAUUAAUUAAAGCGAAUGACGUAGAAUGAUAAAAAACAUCGUUUGGACGGUUCUUGGGGAAGCGUAGGGUCCAUUGUGUUGCGGGAAGAAGAAUGAUGAUUCGCGACAGAGCUCGGUUCGCUCGUCUCACAAGGACGCUGUGUAAACAGAUUGAAAACAAUUAGUUCACCAUUAGUUUGCCGCUCUUGGGUUUCUUCUUAGUUUUCUUAUCCCUCGCUAAUUGUGUCCUCUUUUAUGUCCCUAAGAAUCCUCCCUAUCUUUUCAAUAUCUCACUAAGCAUCUUGACCACUUAGCACACCGCGACCGUCUCGUGGAAAGCCGUCGCUAAUUAGCCCAAGCAUUUAGAUCAUUUGUAUUAAAGCUAGAAUAAAGGAGAAAACCAAGCUGGAUGUAGACCAUUGUCUUCUUAAAAGAGAACGUUGUUUCCUCGGUCAGUGGAAAGGAAAUAAAGACAGACAGAUUGUAUCUAAGGCAAUAUAUCCCGCCUAUAAAAAUACUAAAGCGAAAUAACGAUAAGAAUAUCGAGUUAA